UGUGGAGAAGUAACAGCCCAUGGGAAAUGGCUUCUGGUGUCAGGGACGUGGCCACCGGUGCCUGGUGAGGAGAGCGCUGGGGCGGCUUGAGCAGCCCGGGCUCUCCUGUUCACCCCACGGUGGCCCAGGACUGUUCUGUCAGGAGAGGUUCAGAGUUCCAGGGCUGUUCUGUCCAUCAGGAGAGGUUCAGAGUUCCAGGGCUGUUCUGUCCAUCAGGAGAGGUUCAGAGUUCCAGGGCUGUUCUGUCCAUCAGGAGAGGUUCAGAGUUCCAGGGCUGUUCUGUCCAUCAGGAGAGGUUCAGAGUUCCAGGGCUGUUCCAUCAGGAGAGUUUCAGAGUCCUCUGUCACCGUGCUACUCUCAUCCCGCGGGUCUGAGCUCUGCUGGCUCCCCAGCGCCUGACCACGAGCUGCCUGCGACGCCGCUGCCUCUCCCUCCGGAGAGCACUGCUGGGUUCUGGGACAGCCCCUGGGACACAGCUGAGGCUCCUGCACCUUCUCCUCCCCUGGCAUGGCCUGUCCCAAGCCCUGCAGUCCCUCUCCAGCCUCUGCCAGGCAAGGCCAAGCGGGACAGCGAGCCGUGGGCCGGCUGGAUCUGCUCCAGGAGGCGCAGGGCCGGCUCCUUCCCCGCCACCAGUCAAAGUGCUGAGCUUUCGCUGAGGUAUAUCAAUCAUCUGCAACACGCCAGGAACCAAACCUCCGCUUCCAUCUCAUUUCCCCUUUCUAAACCUCUCUGGGGGACGUCCAAACACUCAAAGCAAGGACUGGAGACAAAUGGCUUUGCCCUUCCGAGGCUGUCUCCGUCAGCUUUGCCUUCCAAACGCCUUCUCCACCCCUGCACCUGGACCUGCACCCUGUCCCACCCACGCAGCCUCACGCCAGCGCCGCUCUUCAGCUGGAGCAGUGGCGUUUCCAUCACCCUGGUGUGAGAUCUUCACAGUA